AAGAAGAACAACAUGUUCAUCAUUUGGGUCGUAGUACUAGUAGUUUAAGUACAGGAGAUAAAAGAAAUGGUGUAGAUAUGGUUUGGUAUGAACGAUCAAGUCCUAAUCAUCCUAGAUGGAAUGAAUCAAUACAUAUCUCCGACUCUGUGAAAACAUCUACAACAACUACUGAAGAUCGAAAGCAAAAUAAAAGAAAUGGUAGUCGGUCAUCAUCUUCACACGGAAAAUAUUCUCCUGAAGCAGAUCAAGAAAGAAAACAACAAGAACAACUUGAAUACAAGAUAUCAUUAUUGGAUGCAAUGACUCGGGAUUUACAAAAACAAGUAUUAGAAUAUCGACAAAAGAUUACUCAUCAUGAAGAACUUGAAUCCUUACAACAACAACAAAUCAAUGAAUUGACAGCUCAUAAUACAAAAUCAAAGGUGAAAUAUGAUGAACUUAAUCAACAAUACCGACAUUUGGAACAUACCAACUCAAAUGAAAUGGAUCGACUAAAAGAAGCUCUGGAGGAAGCACGGAAUAAUGGUUUGCAUUGGAAAGAGGCAUUGGAUAACUCUGAAAAGGAUAACUUGAACUUGAAAGAAACAUUAAAUAAGUCGGAAACGGAGAACUUGAAUUUGAAAGAAUCAUUGGAUAAAUCUGAAAAGGAUAGUUUGCUUUUGAAAGAUGCAUUGGCAACAAGAACAAAGGAAUGGACAACAACACAAUCUGACUUGACUAAUUAUAAAGAAGAUUUACUCAGAAUCAAAUCAGAACGAGAUCAACAGAUAGAGGAAGUCAAAAAAUUACGACAAAAGGUGGAAGAUUUUGAUAGACUUAUACCAGAGGGCAUGACAGCUGAUCAAAUUCACGAAGAAAUUGAAAAGGUGGAUCGACUGGAGAAAGAAAAAGAAUCCUAUGAAGCAUUAGUGAAUGAAACAACCAAUCAACUUGCUUUACUUAGCAAGAAAAACAAAGAAUUACAGCAACGACUAGUAGAAGAGGAUCCAACCACUAGUCAUGGACUCUUUUCAUUCUGGCAUCAAAGAAAAACAAAUAAAUUGGACAAGAAACUUUUGGAAGCGAUGUGUGAACAAUUGGAAGUGCAAGCAACAGUAGUAGAUAGAUUACGUACUGAAGUCUUAUCAGGGGAUCGUUUGAUAAAUCAUACUAUGGAAAAAUCAAAUCAUCGAGGAUGGUAUUGGAUGUUGAUUUUUGGUAUUUGUUUAGUGAUAUUAUCAAGUUGUAUUGGUUAUGCUAUUGUUACUCCUCCAAUUAGUUAUGGUUUAUGGAAUGAUCCACAUGGAUGUCAUUCAUGGCAAUCUUGUUAUACUGAACCUCGAAGUUGGUUAUUUUUGAUUUUAGAUAGAAUAUUAUUACCAACUAAUUUUACCUAUGUCACUCCCCUUUAGUUAUUGAUGAUAAUAAAAAAAACAUAUAUUAUAUGGAACUUGUAGUAAGUUUAUCGUCAUUAAUGUUGUGCACGUUUUACAUUUGAUUAUCCGAAUCCGAAUUAGCCUAACCUGCCUAAUAACGACAUCCAUGAUAAUAAAUUAUUUUACUGUAGAAUAGAAUUAUUUAUUUUGAAAAAGAACAAAAUGAUUUCUAUUUUUUUAUUUUAUAAUAAAG